GGCUCUCUCUUUCUUGAGAAAGUUCCGUAAGUCCCACAGCCAAAAGCAUCUCUUGAAUUGAAUCUCAAACCCUAAUUAGAUUUGGUCUGCACGACUCUGAUUGUGAUGUUUUCUAUUAAUUUUUCAGCUAUAAGUCUUUGAAUAAAUCUUUAAACAAUCUUCUUCUCUUUUUUUUUUUUGAAAUCUUCAACAUAAUUUUGGUGUGAAACAAGAAAUUAUAAAAUUGGAGUCACCGGCAGGUUAUGAGUCAGCCGGAGGUUGUUUCGAUAUUGAAAAAUGUUGUUCGGUCGUAAAUCAGCGAGCAAGUUACAGCCAGUAAAUAGCCAAUCUUCGCCUAAAGCUAGCAAGAAUAACAAGCAGGAUGUUAAGCCAUCGUCAUCACCUAACGCUUCGUCACCUAUGCCGAUUAGAUCAUCUAAAUCAAUAUUAUCAAGACGUACAUCUUCGAAUUUGUCGCCUAUAGGCAUCCUCAAGAAUGCUUCUAUUAGAGAAGCCAAGAGCCCCAAGACUAGUAGCUCGCCUAAAUGGACAUGCAACUUUAUUCUUAUGGUCGAGCUUCGCAGGAAGAUCAUUACCUUUAGAGAUAUCAUUGAUCUUCCUCCUCUCGACGGCUCUCCUACUAUAACCGAUAUGGUGUUGCAUACAAUGAAAGAUCUCCAGAAUAUUUGUCCUGAGAUCAUCAACAGCUCACUUGUUUCGGAAAUAAGACGCGCAAAUGUCGAUAAGGUUCUUGACCAUUUCUUAAAUGCUUUGAAAUCCAUGGGAGAUUCAUGGAUCGAUAACUCCGAAUGGAUAGCUAAAUCUAAGUAUUGGAGUAGCAGUGUGGGAAAGAAUCAGUCCGAUCGACUAGUGGAAAAGGUGUUAGCAGCAUUAGAUGGACUGAUCAAGAUGUCGAAAGAGAGGUUUGAUAAGAUGGAGAUUGAUGAAAAGGAAGAAGAGAAGAAAGAUUUGAUCAGUCCACGGACUGCUAAAACACUGAGCAGUCGAGUUUUAUCUCCAUGUGAAUCAUUCUCUGAUAGCAGAAGCUCGUUUUGCGGGUCACCAAUCACGCCAAGAUCAGUUCUUCCAGAACCGGUGAUGGGUUCGCUGGGAAAGGGAGGAGACUUUGCAAACUCUGCAUCACAUCUUCUGUGGAAUAUGAGAGUCCAAGCACUUGAGAAGCUUAGUCCUGUCGAUGUUAAGCGACUCGCUAUUCACAUUAUGUCACAGAAAGAGGCUCAGGAACCAGAUCAAAGCAAUUUAGAAGAUGAAAUUAAUGUUGUUGAACAGAACAAGCUGAAGACCAAUGAUGUGAAUAUGGAGAAAGAAGAAACUGUUGUUCGUGAUGAGCAAGAAGAUACAAUCACGACACUUGAUUCAGCAUCUGAAUCCAAACUCAAUGUUUCAGACAAAUCUGCAUUCUUGCCGGAAUCUUUGCCACCACCUCCUUCUCCUCCUCUAUCCACUACAAAUACUGCAUAUUUGGAUUCUUUACCAUCUCAACCACCCCCACCACCACCUCCUCCUCCGUUGCGACCACUGAUUGCAAAGGCUGAUAAUGUGAGCAUAUUACCAAUGCCACCUCCUCCGCCACCACCGCCUCCACCUCCACCUCUGGCACCACUUCCAGGGACUGCAGCGGCACGACUACCACCACCUCCUCCACCCAUGAAAAACAGAGCACCACCACCACCUCCAAUGCCUACAACUAAUAGAGUAGUUAGUGGACCACUGCCAACACCACCUCUCAUGCCUCAAGCUAAUGGACCAGCACCGCCUCCACCACCGCCUCGAAUGGGUGUGUUGAGCGGAGCGGCUUGUCCACCGCCACCACCAGGAGCAGCAAGAAGCUUGCGGCCCAAGAAAGCAGCUACAAAACUAAAAAGGUCAACCCAGUUAGGGAACCUUUACAGAAUCCUUAAAGGGAAAGUAGAAGGUCGUGAUCCUGAGGCGAGGACAGGAGGCGGAAGCGGACGAAAAGCCGGAGUUGGAAGCGCUCCUGCCGGUGGAAAGCAAGGAAUGGCUGAUGCUCUUGCUGAGAUCACAAAGAAGUCUGCUUAUUUCCAGCAAAUACAAGAAGAUGUUGCUAAAUACAUGAAAUCAAUCAAUGAGUUGAAGAUUGAGAUCACUAAGUUUAAGACUAAAGACAUGACUGAGCUUCUUAGCUUUCACAGCCGUGUUGAAUCAAUUCUUGAAAAGCUAACUGAUGAGACACAGGUUCUUGCGCGCUGUGAAGGGUUUCCACAGAAGAAACUCGAAGCAAUAAGAAUGGCUGCUGCAUUGUUCUCGAAGCUGCACGGAAUGAUCACCGAGCUACAGAACUGGAAGAUAGAACCUCCUUUGAAUCAACUUCUUGAUAAAGUCGAACGUUAUUUCACAAAGAUCAAAGGAGAUAUCGACACGCUGGAUCGAACCAAAGAUGAAGAAGCUAAGAAAUUCCAGAGCCACAACAUCCACUUUGACUUCAAUAUACUUGUUCAGAUCAAGGAGACAAUGGUUGAUAUCUCAUCAAGUUGCAUGGAACUCGCAUUGAAGGAAAAGAGAGAUGCAAAGCUUGUGUCGCCUGAUGCAAAUCCUAGCAUGAAGAAGGCUGUAGGAUCUGCUAAAAUGCUGUGGAGGGCAUUUCAGUUUGCAUUCAAAGUUUACACAUUUGCUGGAGGACACGACGAUCGAGCCGAUUCUUUAACCAGAGAGUUGGCUCAUGAGAUCCAAACUGAUCCUCAGAACCCAUGAUGAUUCCAUUCAUCACACAUUCCAAAUAUUAUUCCUUUUUGCCCUUUCCAACACCUUAAAAAUGUUCUAAAAUGGAACGAUAAAAGAAAAAGAGUAUAUGUAUUUAGAGAUUUAACGUAUUGUUUGGCUUUUGAGUUUGUAGUUUUGAAUCCCUCUAAAAAGACUAGGAUUUAGAGAUUUCAUGGGAGCUGGGAGGUGCAGAUCCCUUGUUGAGUGAAAGACUUUAAAAACCUUUCGAGUCAAUCAAUAAAGGAGGACGUUUUUAUUGCC